CAGCCCUUGGAAGCCACCUUCAUCUUCUACACUGCCUAUCCACAACCUGCACAAUCAGAUCCCCCGGCUCUCUCUUCACAGCUGACAGCCCCCACUGCACAACAAAUAUCCAACCCCAUCCUCCAAGCCCCCGAUAAUCAAGCCGUCCUGUCUGCUUCCUCUGCCCGCAUCCUAUCUCUUAUCUCUUAUCAAAAAAAAAAAAAAAAAAAAAAAAAAUCAAACGGAGAACAGGCAGCUUUUCUUCCGUCUUAAUUUCACCUUCUCAAAUCUGCCACUAGCUAGCAAGCCUUGGCUAUCAUGGCACAGAUCACCGCAGACCCUCGAGGGAUCACGUUGCCCUAUUCCUCGCUGUUUAAUGUCACUCUGCGUGCCCAGUCAACGCGCCUGGUCAAAUCGAGGCCCGCGGAGUAUUUUUGGAAGAAAGCUACGACUAGUGCGGCUUCGAAUCUUACCGCUCACGAAGGAGGACCCAAGCAGGAGGAGGAGGAGGAGGCCAACAAUGUCUGUUGGCUCGAUCCCUGGGCGCCGGCUAUCAGUGAUAGCGAGCAUGAGUCUCCCUCCCAGCCUAUGACCCGAGGACAGUCGAAAUCUAAGAAAACUCUCCGGUUCACCCGCUUAAGGACCAUUGCCUUCAAGGCCUUCAGUCAUAAUAAUCCUGACGCCAAGGGAAACAAACGCAACAUCGUCACCAGUACUGAGGUCUUCUCCCAUCAAAAAACCAACAACGGUCUGGACCAUCAGGGCUCCUCUUCUGAUCAACCCAAGCCUACUCGCGGCACAUCUUCUAUCUUCAAGUCCUGGAAAUUUAAAUCGAAUCCGAACAAUAAUAAUAAGACCCAUGUCAAGAAGAUGGUCGUGGUUCUCAAGAACCGGAUCAGCGCUUCUAGUCCCCGAGACCAACAUCCCAAAACAUGGGAAGACUAUAAUCGUUUAUAUGCCAACGAAGAAAUCGAUGUCAUCAAUCCCCCAUUACCGCCGAUAGAAUCAAAGCGUGAAGAAGAGGGCGACGGGGAAGUGGGGAUCAAGUUCUACCGCGCCCCAGCUCCGACGAACGAGUCGGUGCGCCAACUAGUGGUGAACCGGCUCGGGAUCCUGGGGGGGAAGCCAUUCGACCCGACCGAAGACGGCUCAGCGAGGGCGAAGACUCGGACCGAAAUCGGCGACAUGUUGAUUGCACAGGGCAAAGUGCCGGCCAGUCUGGAAGUCUAUUGGGAGCAUGACCGGCAUUCCUUCCCGACUAUCCAGGACCCUCGGGCCUUGAUCGGCGACGUCCGCAGUGGAAAAUUGCCCCCCGAAACACUCGAGCAACAUCCUAUCUUCAGAAAUAUCGUCAAACGUUGUCGGGAGCUGUUUGGGACCGCCUUAGGAAUCUUAUCGAUUCUCGAUGAUGAUCGCCAAGUAUUCUUGGCUGAAUCUGGUAUGGAAGAGGCCGGUAUGGGAGAGAUGCGAGAGGUGACUAGAGACAUAUCUUUCUGUGCCCACACAAUUCUAAGUGGUCGCAAGGGCCUGACUGUGCUUGAUGCAAAAAAAGACUGGCGAUUUGGAGACGGACCAUUGGUGCAUGAUUUCGGGGCAAGGUUCUACGCAGGCGUGCCGUUGAUGGCGCCGAACAUGGAUGGCAGCCAAGAGGCCGAAGCAAACUCCUGUCCGAUCGGGACCUUGUGUAUCUUGGACUUCAGCCCCCGGGAGUCGUUCAGCUCGGAAGACCAAAGGAAGCUGGUAUAUCUCUCCGAAUAUGCUCGCCGAGAGAUCGAAAAAUGGUUUGCUUGUAAGAUCGAUCACAAGCUUGGAAGGCUCUCGGCUACUCAAGAGGUCUGGGAUCACGAGUUGAAGCGCGUUGCUAGCGCUAAUAGCGAUGGAGAAGACUCGCUGGAAUCCGAGGUCUUGUGUGAUACCCCUAGGUCGCGCCUCAGGAGUCCCACAUCCUCUCACCUUUCAUCUGGCUUCAGAAAGUGGAGAAGCAUCAGCUCGAUCUCAACAGCCCCCCCUUCGUCGCCGUCCCAAUCGACCGCCAGUCCCAAGUCGCCGAGCAAGCCAAGUCCGGGCCUGUUUGAAGAUGUGAAUGCGGCAGUGAAACCGAAGAUGCGAAAGGUAUUCGACCUGGCGACCAAACUGCUCGCGGAAACCUUGGACUUAUCACUCGUCUAUCUGAUGGCUGUUGCGCCCGAGGGACCAUCGCAAGAUCUCGGCCGGACCUUGAUCAUCUCGGGCCACAACAUCCCGCUCCCGGUUCCCGAACUGGACGCCGGCCUCCAUCUGCGUGUCUUGCGCUCGGACGAGGGCGGGCUGAUAUACCAAAACCCAAGCGUAGAAGAGGCUAAAGAGGCUGCCUUACAGCCUAAGCUCGGCUGCAACGCAGCUUCUGACCCGUAUGCAUCUGCAAUCCUCCUCGCCGUCGGCUCGGAAUCUCUUCCCAACGCUGGCGGCUUCGUGUUGGCAGGUUAUACCAACGACCGUAAGAGAGUCUUCGGCGCUGAAGACGUCUCCUUCAUGAAACAGUUUGCCCAACAACUGUCAGCGUAUACUUCAAAAUUAUCUCUUCCUACAAACCAGUAAAAACUAGCAACCAUCAAAUCGUUCAAUAAUAUCUCCUAUGACUACUUUAUUGUUGAGCUAUCUAUGUAGUGUAGUUUACAUAGCGCUACUGUUUCGUGCUUCUUUCUCUUUUGUCAUUUCUCACAUGUCACACCUUGUGACAUUCAUUCUGUUUUCAUUUCUCUCUUAUACUGGGGACAACUGAGUUGGAAAGGAUCCCUUUUCUUCAUCCUUUCCAACCUCAUUGUCUCCAGGUUAGUUUUUCUCUUCUUUUCUCUUCUCUCUUUCUUUCUCUUGGUUGAAAUGACACAUCAAUCCUUUCCAACCUCAUUGUCUCC